UACGAUGAGAAAGGUCGUGGUAAAGUGAAACGUCACAGCAGUGUGAGUGAGAUCGCAAAUCAAAACAAACCAUUUCAAAACAAAGUGAGUCGUAUCGAAGUGUGCAGCAGGAACAAUGGCUGAAACAGUAAUGGAAGUCGCAGCAACAGCCGCCUCGGCUGCCGUGGCCAAGUCUCCGAAAAAGGCCAAAGCUGCUGCCGGAACAAAAAAGCCGAAGAAGCCAGCGACGCACCCUCCGGUAAACACGAUGAUCGUGGCCGCCAUCAAGGCGCUGAAAGAGCGCAACGGUUCAUCGUUGCAGGCCAUCAAAAAAUACCUGUCGGCCAAUUACAAGGUUGACGUGGCCAAGCUGGGACCGUUCAUCAAGAAGGCAUUGAAGACCGGUGUGACCAGUGGCAAGCUGGUGCAGACGAAAGGUGUCGGAGCGUCGGGAUCGUUCAAGCUGUCGGCAGAGGCCAAGAAGCCCGUCGUGGAAAAGAAGAAGGCUGCAGUGCAGAAGAAGAAAUCGGCCUCAACAGCUGACAAGAAGAAGAAGGCAGUGACCAAGAAGGCCGCUGGCGAGAAGAAGAAGGUGGCAACGAAGAAGGCGGAAGGAGGUGCUACCAAGAAAGCUAAGGCCGUAACUGCUGCCAAGAAACCGAAAGCAGCGGCAACCAAGAAAGCUGGCGCGGCGAAGAAGGCUGUAAAUAAAGUAGUGAAAGCCCCAAAGCAGAAGGCGACUAAGCCCUCAAAGAAGACAGGAGCACCAAAGCCAAAGACGCCCAAACCGAAGAAGGCUGCUACACCCGCCAAGAAGAAGCCAACUGCAACCAAGAAGUAAAAUCUGCGACUAGCAAUGGCUGCAGAUGAUUACUAGUGGUGCAAUCGGCUUUAUUUCUCACAACAGUCCUUUUUAGGACUACAGCAUGAUUUACGUAAAAGUUAAUUUUCUCCUUCUUGUUCGAAUGACUAACAUGCAGUUUGUCUAAAGCGGACGAAUGUGUAAAGAUUUCUUGAUCUCGACUCCAAUGAAGUUACAAGCUUAGUUUUUGAAGUUAGAUAAGAGUAUUUUUACCGUUAGUAUAGAUUAGGGAUGAUAAUUUCUUUCCGAACCUACUAGGUUCGCUCCGUUCCUUGAAUGUUCCUGGAAAAAAUUGAGGAAAUGUUCCUAUUUCUUGUCAACGAUGAUGAUAAGUCCCACCUCUUACCCCAACACAGGUUUGAAAAGGACGGAAUUAUCUUUACGAUAUUUUUAAAUCUAAUAAUAAUACGCCAAAAACGAGUAAGUGGGUCUGAUUAUGAUUUUACUGGAGGAACACCACAGCCAAGCGCAAAAGAUUGCAGCCAUGCUGGGCGUAACUCGUCAACAUAAUUUAUUCAAGAUAUGACGAUGUACUUCAUACGACGACACUGUAAUUAGGGCAAAUUGACUAGCGUAGGGGUCUCCAAACUACGGCCCGCCCGAGGCCCUUUCCGAGAGAUACGGAAAUUGGCCCUCUGCUGUGGCUAUUCCACUCAAAGCGGCCCGACAUCUAAAAAUUUUGGAGGCCCCUGGACUAGCGUAAUUGAAUCGCUAAUUUGACAGUUUUAGAAAAUAUUACUUUAAAUCUGAAAAGAUACCCUAGAGAUGUUUCACGAAAUUUAAGAAUAAUGGACUGACUAUGCGAAAUAUUGCAAUAGUUGCCUGUCCAACUAUCCUUACUGAUGAAGCAAUACAGAUAAAGAAAUAAUCUAAUUUUUACAUUGAUUCAAA